UUUACAUUGUAGUAAACAUACUACUAAUAUAUAUCUUUUUGUUUUCCUACAGGCUAAAUUUUCUUCAGAUGCAUAAUUAUUCUCCUAAAUGAUCAAAGCAGCCCAUAGUUUCCUCCUUCAAGAGAUGUUUUCCAAACCUGUACCAUUUUAGAGAUGCAUGCUUUGCUGUGUAUGUAAACCAAAAGUGCUUUAUACAGUACCAAUGCGUGUAUGUUGCGUGGCAGGGAAUGCAUGCAACACAUACUGUGAGUGUGUGACUGGCUGAGGCAGUGCAUGUUGUUGCAGUGGCAUAUCUGUGCUGCUGCUGUGCUCAUGGCUCAGAGGAGGGCUGCUGGUGGCUGCUGCUGCCCCAGGGCGCCCGUGAAUGAAGACAAUGCCCGUUUCUGCCUGCUGGCUGGCCUCAUCCUGCUCUACCUACUGUGCGGGGCGGCCAUCUUCUCAGCCCUGGAGCACCCCUUUGAGCUGCACGCCCGCCACCUCUGGAAACAACAGCUGGAUAACUUCACCCGGCGAUAUAGAGUAAACCUGGGUGCCCUGCACACUCUGCUGCGGCAGUACGAGGAAGCAAACGGAGCUGGGAUCAGAGUGGACACGUUGAGGCCCCGCUGGGACUUUUCUGGAGCUUUCUACUUUGUUGGCACAGUGGUCUCAACUAUUGGCUUUGGCAUGACCACACCAGCGACCAUAGCUGGAAAAAUCUUCUUAAUCUUCUAUGGUCUCAUUGGCUGUGCUGCCACCAUCCUCUUCUUUAACCUCUUCCUGGAGAGGAUCAUCACAAUGUUAGCUUAUAUCAUGCGCUGGUGUCAUGAGCGUCGGCUGAGGUGUGCUGGAGUCGGGGUGGUGUCGAGCAGGGAGGAGUCAUCCGGCGAGGAGGACAGCCUGGAGGGUUGGAAACCGUCAGUCUAUUACGUGAUGCUAAUAUUGGGUGUGGCAUCGGUUGUGAUUGCGUGUAGUGCUUCCACUCUGUACAGCUCCAUGGAGAACUGGAGCUACGUGGACUCCCUCUACUUCUGUUUUGUGGCCUUCAGCACCAUCGGAUUUGGGGACCUGGUGAGCAGUCAGAAGCAGCAGUAUGAGUCUCAGGAGGCCUACCGGCUCGGGAACUGCCUUAUCAUCUUAAUGGGGGUGUGUUGUAUCUACUCCCUUUUCAAUGUCAUAUCUAUUGUCAUCAAGCAAACUCUCACCUGGAUCGUGGGUAAGCUGGUUUGCUCAGGGCGGCAUCAUUCCUGUUCCUGCUCUACACCUGGCUGCCAGUGGCUCUGCUGCCCUUGCCUCCAGAACAAAAAUCAUAACCAGAGGCGCCUGCCCGCACACCUCAGGCAAAAACGCUUGAAACGCAACACCGUGCAGCCCAUCUCCUCCCACUGCCCUGCAGGAAGACACCGCUACACGGAGGGCUCGGUGGAGACAGUGUGUGACAGCGAGACAGAUGCAGGCGCAGUGGCUGACAGCGUGUAUGUGGGCCGUCGUCUGUCAGGAGAGAUGAUCUCUGUCAAUGAGUUCAUGGUGUCCAAUAAGGUGUCUCUGGCACUGCUGCAGAAGCAGCUGAGCGAAACAGCUCAUCAGGGCCCACGACAGAGCUACUGCCAUCAAAAUGGAUUCUCUGGUGGUGUGGGGGCCUUAGCCAUUAUGAAUAAUCGCCUACAGGAAACCAGUGUGGAUAGGUAACACCAUUAAGAUGUUAUUCUUGCGUCCAUUGCUUUAGGUUCUUUAUACUGCAGCCUUAAUCCAACCUAUUUCCUUAUUGAGUGUUUUCAAGAAAGUAAAUAACUUGUCCUCUCAGUAUGUUAAAACCAAAUUGUAAGAAUAGAAUAAAUUUUUCUUCCAAUUAGCACCUGUUCAGCACCUCUCUGAGCAAUUUCAGUAGAAGUCUAUGCAGAUAGUAGCAGACCUCCAGCAUGGAUUCUGGACAUCAAAUAACUGAAAACAUUUUGUUCUGUGUAGAGAAAGAGAGCAAAAAUACAAUUUAAAGAAUUCAACUGUGAAGAGGGGUAUGAUGUCCUGAAGUGAUUGGCUCAUACAAAAGCAAUCAGAUGAAAGAAGCAGUGAAGGAGCACUCACAGGGGACUGUUGAUUUAAGAGUGCCGCACAUGUCCCCUGAGCUCCUCAAUAAAUAUGGUUGUAUGUGAGGUGGUAGUGAGUAUUAGUGACAUAAACACAAUGUCUACAGUCAGCUCUUGUAGACAGUCAACUAGCUGCAUCUAUAAAAUAUUUGAACUGUGAUUUAAACAGAGCUUCUUAAGCCUACUACAGAUAUAUUUUAAUUAGUUGAUUGCUCACAAUUGCCCAACUUGUUUCAGCAACGCAUAUCAUUUAAAUUCAUAGUAAUCACGAAAGAGCGCGGCGAUACAGUUUUUUCAAUAGAGCACUUUUAAUCAAACGUGGCCUGUAGAGGACGUCCUUAUGUCAGUAAGUGCUGUACAGAUAGUCGCAGGAUCACAUAA